CAGGACAGAGCCCAAACAUCAAGUAAGAGAGCCGUCUGCUCCAAAGUUGGACUUGUGUCUUCCCCAAAACCAGAGACCACCUUCUUCAUAUCCUCACACACCCAGAUCCUCUGCUAUUCAUACACAUUCUUCUUUCUAGAUUCCCCAUAUUUCAAAUCAUUCCUAUUUCCCUCUCUGCCUUUUCUCUCAUACAUUCUGCAAUGACCAUUCUACUUCUUCCCUCUCAAUCUUCCUCUUCUUUGUCUUCUUUCAUUUUAGCCUCAUUUUCCCCUGUUCUUUUCCUGGUCUUUCUUCAAUGCCGCCUGGCCUCUUCUGCUAUUCUGCUGAGCUUGAGGAACCAGCACAAGCACUUUCACCAUCAGAGACCGAUGAUCCAAGCCAACCAAAGCACUUGCUCUCUCUUCGUCGGUAGUUGGGUUCGUGAUGAUUCUUACCCGCUUUAUCAAUCUUCUAGCUGUCCCAUUAUAGACCCAGAGUUCAACUGCCAAAUGUACGGUCGCCCAGAUUCGGAUUACCUCAAAUACCGAUGGCGGCCCCUCAAUUGUGAGCUCCCAAGGUUCAAUGGGGUUGAUUUUCUGCUCAACAUGAAGGGGAAAACUGUGAUGUUUGUGGGCGAUUCUCUAGGGCGCAAUCAGUGGCAGUCUUUGAUUUGCAUGAUAUAUUCUUCAGCACCUGGAACGCAAACGCAAUUGGUGAGAGGAGAACCCCUCUCAACCUUCAGAUUCUUGGACUAUGGCGUGACCAUUUCAUUUUACAGAGCCCCUUAUUUGGUUGAAGUUGAUGUGGCCCAAGGGAAGAGAAUUCUGAGAUUGGAGGAGGUAGCUGGCAAUGGAGACGCUUGGAGUAGCGCUGACGUGCUAUCUUUCAACUCAGGACACUGGUGGAGCCAUGAAGGAUCAUUGCAAGGGUGGGAUUACAUUGAAUUAGGAGGAAAAUACUACCCAGACAUGGAUCGUGUGGCAGCAAUGGAGAGGGGUCUCAAAACAUGGGCAAAUUGGGUGGAUUCCAAUAUCGACCGAAGCAGAACCAGGUUAUACUUUCUGGCAAUUUCCCCCACACACUACAACCCCAAUGAAUGGAAUACUGGAGGAGGAACAACAUCAAGGAACUGCUAUGGUGAAACUGAGCCGAGCACGGGCACAGCGUACUUCGAUGACUACACGGAGCAGAGGAGGGUGGUGGACAUGGUGAUGGGAGAAAUGAGAAACCCACCAUAUUUGCUGGACAUCACAAUGUUAUCAGGACUGAGGAAGGACGGGCAUCCUUCCAUCUACAGUGGUGACUUGAGCCCUCAACAGAGAGCCAACCCUCAGUCUGCUGAUUGCAGCCAUUGGUGCCUCCCUGGCUUGCCUGAUACUUGGAAUCAACUACUUUAUACCACAUUAUUCAACUAACCACUCUCUUAAAUCUCCCUGUAUUUUCCGCUCAGUUAUAUACUAAACAUUGUUUUGUAGGAUUAGACAGAUACAUUUAUGUGAAGGGCUGCUUAAUCUUGCGACUCCUUCACCUGUAAAUUAAUGCUAGUGAAAAGAAGGUAGAUCAAACCAGUCAUUAACAGUUUCUGCUGUAGGUCUUGGAUUUUGAUUCUUUUAGGUGAAUUGUUGGAGUUGAAUGUUCAUUGAAAAUGGUGUACUGGCAAGUUGUAAUUGAUUUUGAUGAAUCUACUCGGACACAUGCGACCAAGUUA